CCGCCGCCUCUGGUUCAUGUUACUACCGGGGCUGUUGGUGUUUCUGGUUCCAGGAAACAACAAAAACAUGUUCGAGCGCCGCGGACUGAAGCGUCAAACCCGCAGCGGCCACCUGCAUUGACACGGCUGCGGUUCCAACGACUGCUAUAUGUUUCCGGUCGAGUUCAGGGCCGACAACCCAGAACGAUGCCGCCGAAAGCACUGGGAUCCCUUGUAGCUCUGCUUUGUACCGGGGCCUGUCUGGUGCAGGGUUUCACUACAGUAUCGAAGGGCCUUGACACCUCCUGGGCUGAAAAUGCAAAGGAGUUCUGUUCUGGGGUCAACAAUGAAAAGUAUCGCUGUGAGAUGGGGUACUGCUGUGGAGAGACUGAAUGCUGCACCUACUACUAUGAGCUCUGGUGGUUCUGGUUAGUGUGGACCUUGAUCAUCAUGCUGAGUUGCUGCUGUGCUUACCGACACCGGAGGGUCAAGAUGCGCCUGCAGCAGGAGCAACGUCAACGUGAGAUCAGCCUCAUGGCCUACCAAGGAGCCUCCAGCUCAUUCAUCUCCCCUCCACCACUUAAUCUAAGGUUUUGGAACGACUGCAAACUUCCGGACUAUGAGGAGGUGGUGGGCCAUCCCCCAACGCCGCCCCCCCCUUACUCUGAAAACCCCCCUGAGACCGUUCCAGCACUCCCUCCACAACUAUGCCAGCCAGACGCUGCCGCAGUGCCACAACCCCCGACCCACGCAGAACCGAAUUGCGAGGCGGCGAGCUCGUCGUUAGAACAGGAAGCUGUGUCGGUGCCAAUCCAGGCACAGUGUCAGGAGGAGGAGAACGCAGCGGCUUCUCUGGUGGCCGCAGAGGAGGACGAGGAGCUCAUCACUCGGCGUCGGCAUGUGACCGGCGACUCAGGGAUUGAAGUGUGCGUUUGCCAGCUAGACGUAGACGAGGGCUCAGGGCUUGAGGAGGAGAGCGACGAAGAGCACCGGAUGUGCAAGGUCACCGGUGGGGACUGCUGCUCUGGGCGUCAUCAGCAAACCUUCAGACAGAAGGAGCACAGCCCUGAGCUGCCCAGCCAGACCGCCAGCACCAGCGCUGGAGACCACAUGGUGUGAUCCGCGGCAUAAAUAACCAGCCAUUCAAUUCGGCUUUCUGCUUCACACACAGUGAAAAUGAUAAAGCUGUUGCCAUCAUCAUCACCGUAAACACCGUCUGUGUUUUACUUCUUUGAACUAACACACAGGCGUGACGUUAAGAUGAUGAUGACAACUAAUCUUUACUGGCGCCUGAUAAUGAAAGAUGAAUAACACAUUAUGUGGACAAAGAUUAGGCUUCAUUUUUUGCUUUGCUUUUCCGUAGUGGGUAAACCAGCGAACACUUGUUGAUACACAAUUUGGGUUUUUUCUCCUUAGUGUUAGGAGAUUGUCAUUAGGCAGUGAGAAGGCAGCAAUUGAUUGUUACUGAAAUCAGAAUUGACUGUUUCCCUUGCUCCGCAAUAUCCUUGAGCACUGCCAUCAUGUUUCCGUUUCUUUGUCGUCACUCCCCUCGGUCAGACAGUUUUCCGGCCCUCCUUCCAUCUGACAUUUGACCUUAUGAUCAUCCUAGAGCAUACCAGCACGGUCAACAUUUCUCCCCACGUCCUCACUACGACCAGGCAGAGGAGUCAAAAAUAAACUUCUUGAUAACUCAAGAUAAAGCUGCAUUAAUUGUCAAGCGUCACGCAUUUCAUUUUCCCCCGAAGGUGUAUGGUGCCUGAGAGUGUAUGUCUGUGUGUCUGUCUGUGUGUGUGUGUGUGUGUAUGCGCGCUGUGGCCAGCUGCAUGGUGAUGUCAGCGCUGAGGUCAUAGCAACCACCGUCUGGUGCCCUCUGGGUCUGUGGGCGGUUUUGCAUCUAGAUUAGGGGUGGGGGGGGGGGGGACUUACCAGCAACAAUUAGCAGAGGCAGCGACAGGAAAGAGCUGAGGUUUCAUUUUGCGUUUUAAAUGUCACAUCUUCCCUUCAGCACAUUUUUUUUCUCUUUUUAAUAUCCACAUUGUGUUCAAAUGACCAGUUAGCAUGACUUAACAUAAGGUGCGACCAGCUUUUUGGGGAUUUACUGAUUGUGUGCAUGUGAUUUCCCCUCUUUGGUAUCUGACUGCAUUUGAGUGAUAGUAAUUGACAAGAGGGUUAUGUCACCAAUUUUUUUCUAAAUAAAAAGCCUUGUGGUGGCUCCAGAAUAGAGACAUGUAUUUCUCAGUAUAUUGUUUGGAUGUAAGGAUGUACUUUUUAUACAUAACCGGCUGUGCUUCAGUAGAUGCUACAGGGGUUGCUAUUAAUUGCAACAAUGCUCCUGACGGGGGGCCCGCAACAGUGCGUACUCGUAUGGGGGCUUUAGUGCAGCAGGGAAGGUUUUUGUGUGUUAGUCUGUAAAGUGCUGUAGCACCUGCUUGAAAUAUUUACUCAGCACUGAGGUGGAUUAACAAUUUAAGCACUGUUAUUUUAUUUUUUUGCAUGAGUAUAGAUGUUUAUAUUUGAGUUCAUCAGUGUUUCUCUAGCCGCUAUGCGACUUGCUUUGCUCAUCUGUAAGUCAAAUUGAUUGUGGGCUACAGCAGCCACAUGAUGAAAUAGAUCUAGUUUCAUUGUGUUGUUACUGCCGUCUGCGUUGUGCUACGCUGUGCGUUUAUCUAGUCAGCCGGAGCUGUUUGGGCGCUGCGGCCCCUACAGCUCCUGGCAGUGCGAGGGAUUUUGCGGUGGUAUUUUCCACUGGCAGCAGAGGGCAGAUGCAGGCUCCUAUGUGCGGUUUGGUCAGCGAUGACACAGCUGCAGAAUCUAUUGUGAUCGACUGCACGCUGCUCGGCCUUGCUGUGUGCAUUGUGUGUAUUCAGAGCAUAGCAGUCGAGCUGGGUGUUGUCUGACAGUAAAAACAAACCGCUAUUUGCUAGGAGAUUUUUGAAAAAAUCAUUGUGCAAAAUAAAAAAGUAACUGAUAAGUCAGAGAUUGUUAAAUUGAGAAAUUUAAUUUGUUGUUUGUCAGCUCUGAAACUGUGUGGGAAAAUGGGCAAAGUGUAAAGACUCAGGUCGGUCAUUCCGCUUCACGCAGCACGCUCACUAAAUACUGCUCCAUUGUGCAGUAUUUUAUCAUCUAGAUUUAUUUAGUGAAAGAUGCCCUGAACAGUCUCCAGCAUUCACAUGACUGCAUUUGUCACUUAGCAGACUCCAAACAUGUCCUGUAGCGUUUUAGGUCAAACGUGCUGUAGCUGACAACAUGUGGACACAGUGUCGACAUUUCAUGCUUGUAAUAUAUAUUUAUUCCAACAUAGAAAUAGCUGAUUGUACUAUGACAAGGACACGUGAGGGAAAUUCUUGGCCACUUAACAAGACUUGACUCUGGGUUCUGCACAUUAAAGUAUGUAAAGUUUGCGAAACACAUGCAGCUCAGUGGCCUAAGAAAGUGUUUCCUCAUUCCUCCAACCAGCAGCAGCUCUGUCCUGGUUCUGCUUGUGUCUGUGUUCCACUGUUCGAGCUGGAGAACUUACUGUUGUGGGAGAACAAUAUAAAAGGGCCAGUGCACCAAAUAUCUGAAUAUAGGGUGAAACAAAAUGAAUGCACGGCUCCCUAAAGCUUAGAAUGAAAGAUAAGUUAGUCUCUUGCUGCAUUAGGUUAAAGUCUGCAGUCGUUGUGUUGCGUAGUUGAGCAGGUGCAUAAAUACGAAGCCAUGCUAACAUGACCAUGACCUUUUCAGAGGAGCUGUUACACUGUGAGCGUCCUUGCACACGGAUUAGCUGAAGCAACAUUAAAUCCUUUUUUUGACCAACACACCUCAAGCUGCCUUGCUGCAUCUCCAGAGAGCAAAUGUCUUGAUUAUACUGCACAAUAAAAUCUAGCCUCUGUAUGCAGUACUGAUGUGCUACAGCCUUAUUAGAAAUACCUAUGGGGUUGUUCUGGAUUUCUUUUGGAUGGUGGUGUUUGUUGUUUCCCCGAGAAUGAUCGCUUUAGAUCAGCUCAGUUUCUCUGUGACAACAGAGAAUAACAUCAAAGCUUAUUCUGAGAAUGUGUGCUCGCUUUGUUAGCAGAGGAUGUGGUUUAUCAACAUUUUAAAGCCGGAACUGUCACAUGCUCAAGUAGAGUUGGACUAGCAUUGAUUUUUGCAUCUGAGGGGUGGUUGUAUUGAAUUUACAAUAUUGUGUCUUGUUGAGCUGGCGCUCGCUCUGUUUUUUGUUCCAAGGAUCUGGUCGUGAUUAGUUUGUGAAAUGAACCGACUCUGAGGCAUGAAGAAAAUUAGAAAAUAAUAUUUUGAUUUCCUCUGGUCUCUUUGUUAUCCAUCCUAUCUGUGUUUUGCAUUCUGAGGACAGAUAUUAACUCCAGCAAGAGAGUUCAUGCUAAGGUUGAGUUUUGCUUAUUUGUCAAGCUUUGUAGACAGAAUAACAGCGGAGGGGAGUGGGGGAGUGAUAGUUCUUUUUUGCGUGUGUACUGGAGAUGCAUAGUUUUCCCAUUGCCAAACAACUACUAUGCCUCCACGGUUUUUCACGUGUUUACUGAGAACAAGGGCUAUAUACACACAUGCAUCCAUGUCACUGAACGGCUCAUCUGCCCUGAGCUGCUCAUGCUGCUGAGCUCCAGCGUCUGAACAGAUAUUUGCGAUUUUUGAACAUGGUCAGUGUUUGGUUUUGGACGUCUUGUAAAAUUGAUGGCAGAGCUCAUAUUUACCAAUAGCUGAUUGUAAACGACUAUAUGUUGGUUUUAUAGGCUCUAACUUUGCCUUUUUUGCUUUUGUCGACCUCAACGGAGGUGCGUGAUGCGACACCCCCCACCUCCUCUUAAUGAGAACUAUUCUUUCAAAUGUAAGUACAGCAUGUGCGGUUGUGCUGGAGAGUUUUUGCUUCGCUCCGGCGGCUCUCUGUGGACCGUGACCCCCCCCCCUCCACCAGGCUCCGUCUUGGUAACAGAAAAAACAGCCGACGCUCCAGCAGUCGACAGAAUAAUUUACCAAAGUCGUUGCCAUCUCCACGCUUGUUUUCCCCGUUGUGUGUGUGUGUGUGUGUGUGUGUGUGUUGGCCUAACGACGAUGUGUUUGGUUUCCCUCUCUCUCAGGGUCAUCUUUAACCGAGCAGUGCUUGAGUAUGAAAUUAACCCUUUUUUUAUUUUUUGACCCGUCAGUCAUAAAGCCAAAGCGGUUGUUCCAUUGGUCGUCGCCCGUCUUUAUUUCUGCAUCACGCAUCUCUGUAGUGUAUCGUACUUUACUCAACUAGGCUAUGCAAAAUCAUAAACCUACUGUUAUAUGCUGCGCCCUCUGUCUCACUUUCUCCGUUGUGUAUCCGUGGGCACUAGUACAAGCAAUAUAACUCUCAGUACUUGUGUCCCUUCACUGUACUGUAAUCUACUUCUGGUUGGUCUGUGUACAUGUAAUAUAAUAUACCUGUAAUGCUACUACAAUGAUGUGGUGCGUAUGUAUGCUUCAGUGGCGGCUGAGGGAGUUUGAGUUUAAAAUCCAUUCUUCAUAAUACUUUAUUUCUUCUCCUCUGUUUGGCUUUUUCUUGCCUGCUUUCUCAAUCCAUUAGAACAUUUUCCUCCUGACUCAUGAAUAAACCACAUUAUUAAGUUGUAUAAGUGAAAGAAAAGUUGAACAUAUUGUUUUUUUGUUGGAUAAAUUCUUAUGGGUUAUCUUUGGUCUGUUUGAAACGUUCCCAUCCGUCACAUUCGAUGCACUAAUUCAGUGCAUCUCAGUUUAAACAACAGCCUGCUUAUUUUGUUUGCCAUCUUCAUGAAUUGUCAUUGAAUAUUUAACUGUUGCCUUUUAAUCCACAGAAAUAACGAUACUGAUCAGUUUCUACAUUUUUAUAGAUUAUGCAUAUGACAGACCUCGACAUGAACCACAGUCAGAUCACGUUAGACCAGCACAUAUGAGACUGAUACAGGAAUGACAUGUGGACCCCUGAAUUCUGAAUUUAUAAAAGAAUGAACCACACCCUCAUGUUUCUGUCAUGCAACAGGGAAACUUAAUUUUUUCUAGAUGAUACCAAACAGAAGCAGGUUCUGUUUUGUUUUGUUUUUAUAACCAAAGUGAGAAACACCCUGGUUUGAGAAGGAAGCAGGCAUCUCCAAACACACAUCAGACUCUUUCUACAUUGUUUUCCUAAUAACUUUAAACAAGCCAAAAUGAGUAAAGUGGAAGAAAAAAAAAACAGAAAAAUAAUGAAAGCACUGAAUUACAGAUGAAAAAAAAAUGCUUUGGUUUUAGUAAAGAAGUAUGCUGUGUACUCUCUGGGUCAUUUGUAUUUUAUUUUUUUAAUAAAACAAACAUUGGCACUCA